CUUCUCAAAAGCAGCAUUCCUAUUUGAUAUAUAGAUCUAUAAGUCAAGUUUCGUCUGCUGUUUACAAACAAAUGAGCGGUAAGCAUCCGAGCGUGCCCCAGCGAACCAAACAGAUGUGUCGAUUGAGUGACAAUGGAUUUCAGAAUUAGAACCGGCUUCCAAGGCAAUACGCAUUCCAUAAAUUUCAAUCCACAAUCUGAAGUAAAGGCUAAAGUGUUCUCCACGACUCAUGUAGUGCGUGUCGAAGAAGUAUCUGGAGUUACGGAAGCGUGUGAAUUGAUACGCGCUAGUGUAAUUCGACAAACAUCCGUCACACUUGCACCAUAUAAAGUUCAAAUAGAGCUCAACUACGAACGUCAUCCAAUUAAUGUUGCAUGUACCUGUGUCUCACAAGCUGGACUAAAGUGCAAGCACAUUUAUGCAUUAAUCCACCACAUUAAUACCGAUAGAAGUACGUCGAAGCCAACAGUGGAACAGGAAUGGGGAAGACCUUCAGAUCUCCAACUUGGUAAAAAAAUUUAUGCCAAACCAAUCGUUGUAACGGAUGUCGUUGACUGAAGAACAUAAAGACGGUUACCCCUGAGUAAAUUUUUGUGUAUCAGUUUUCGGCGGGCAAGUGGGCCCAGGUGGGCUUGGGAGCGUAGCAGGUUUCUGCGCUAUCGACUCUACCUAACGGGCUCGUACCGACAUUCGUUGCAGCCAAAGUAGUGUAGGUACGGAAGCUUGAGAUUGAGACGGUACGAAGUGAGUACGUGAAACUAUGUAUUGACUGUAAAUGUUAAUACCAUAUCUUUAUCGACACGGUCGUUAUUUUAUUCCAAUAAUAGGAA